AAAAGAGUAAUAAUUUUGAAAGAUGUCAAAGGAAGAGGGUAAAUAUGUAUUGAAAAGUUUAUUACAAAUAAUAGAAAAUAGGAUAAAAGAGAUUGGACUCAACCAAAGCAUGGUGUAUUGGAGUAUAGAUUAUAGCAAGAUUGAUAAAGCACAUGUUGAACAAGACUUUGCUCUUAGCAUUAUUGAUAAACUAAUACAAAAUCUACAAGAAUUACAAGACCAGUGUAAAACAGCCGAGAGUAACACAUCUGAGCAGCCGCAGAAAAAGAUCAAAAUUGAUCAAGAUUCUCUUAACAAGACCAACAUUCCCAAGCAAAACAAYCAAGAGGAUAUCCAAGUACAUCAAGAUAUAGACUGGACACUGGUUCAAGUGACAGCAAACAAGUCUGAGAUUGAUAGAAGAAUAUCUGCUUUCAUGCAACAGAAGCAGAAUGAGGUGAACUUGGUCAACAUACGAGAAUUCUGUAACAUCGUAGAAAAUAACCAAGAAAAUGUCGGCAGUUGUGCAAGAACCGAUGCUAUAUUUGUGCCAAGAUAUGGUCAGAAGAGCCACAUCAAAGUAACACGUGUUGGAAAUACAAGUACGUCAGAUGAAGCACAGGCCCUUAGUCACGUGACAGAUAACACGAAAUUGUCUGGGAAUCCAAAGGUGACGUGUACAGAAUCCCGUGUCACUGAAAGACUGCAUAAUAUAGAACAUCAUCUAGGAUUUACACCAGGAAAACCUGUUCCACUAGAUGUUUAUGAACGAAUCCGAGACUUAGAAAGCAGAAUUCUUCAUCUGGAAAGUUUAUCGCCAGAAUAUUUUGAUAAAAACAAAGUUUGCCAAACCUCGCGGUCACGAGCAAGUAACUCAUCUUCACUUGAGAGUAUGUCUCUGUCGACCAUCGACGAACGCAUCUCGGCACUCAAGAAUAUGCUGCUCAAUAGAUCUCGAUGAUCUCUCAUCGUGUGCAGUCAAGACUAGCAUGAUGAUGACUUCAGAUGAUGCAGCCAAUGAGAGGUAGACUUAGUGAUGCAGCCAAGACUAGCAUGAUGAUGACGUCAGAUGAUGCAGCCAAUGAGAGGUAGACUUAGUUAUUUAUAAAACGAGCUAAGUUUAGUUAAAUAGGUACCUAGAGGAUUAUUUAAGAUACGCUGUUUUUAACUGGGGGUAGGCUGGGGAAUGCUUGCAACAGUUUUCUUAAAAAGUCUAUGACCUUCCUGCCUUCAGUUGACAUUCUCUCCUCCACCCAGAAAAACGUGAAGUUUUGUUACGGUCUUAAAACACAGGUUUAACCCUUAAAAAACUCUGAAGUUCUGCUAAAGACAACCCCCUCCCCCCUUAGAAAAUCUCUUUUGGCUUUGAACACCCAAUGUACACUCAUCUGAUACUUUAUGAAUAGAUUUUUAAUAAUUCAUCAUUGGGCUUAUUACAAUGUGUUUUUUACAUGGUUCAGUAGAUUUAUAAAUAACUUGUUGAUUUAAAUGUACAAUUUUCACGAAAAAUGUCUUUCUUCAUUCGAAUAUUCUGAACUAAGUCGGUACAGUUGUUUCUACAAUCAAUCUUUCACUAAAUUUAAAUUUUUUUGUARCCGAGUAUGUUCUAAACAAAAUUGCUAGGGAAAAAGAAUCCCUAGAAAUUUGAAGUUAAAGCAAUUUAACUGCGUUUGAAACAGUUUGCGACGUGCACAUUUUUAAAUAAAUUAGUCAAUGCAGGUCACGUGAGCAUGCAAAUAUGUUGUCAUUAUCUACAAAUGCUGCCUUGGCAUUCGUCGUUGUUGCCAGGCAACCAACUUUGAAGUUCUUCCUCAUCAUAUCAUGUUUUUGGAACCAGUCUUUAUGCAUCCACUCCAUCCACAGGGAGCCCGAAUGCUUGUAAAUAACCUGUUUAUUAUAAAUGUCAUUUACAAACUAAA